UGCAGCUUGCUGGCUCUCUCGCUCUCUCUCCCUCUCUGUCUCACUCUCUUUCUCUCCCUCUGCUAUCGGAGCACAAUGAAAGCCUGUGUAUCGCCGUGACUCCGGGCAGCGGAGCCAGUGUCAGCCAAGCGGCCAACAACAGACGGGAAAGAGAAAGGAAAAUACAAGCUACUUUUUUUUUUCUUCUUCCACCGAUCAAGCGGAGCAAUACCCGAGAGAGAAGAAGCACAUUGCUUAUUGCGAGUCCAGACCCUCAGAUCCGCUGGCCGGGAUGGAAUGUACAAAAGUGGGCAGCCAAGUGGCCGGACCCGACUCGGUGCGAUUUGCUGGAAGUUUGUAAGUUGGACCCUCGUUUGUAAAUUACUCUCGCAAGAGUUUGUCUGUCCGGAUCCUGUGUUAGAAUAGAGCCGGGGGCGAGGAACAGAAGCGUACGCGGGGCGAGGGGGGAGAAUGUGUUGAAGGAUCUCAGUGGCCGGGACUUCAGACCGCUCGCUCUCCGGUGAGGCUGGGAAACCUAGAGGCAUGAGGGCUGCGCCGGGGACCGGAUCCGCCGGACAGAACAGCAUGGUCUGAAAGUCCAGGGACUGACACUGCGAACCAUUGAGAAGCCGGCUCCCUCCUUUGGGAGAAGACACCCCACUGUCCCCCAAAGAGGAGAACACACCGGGGCAAGGGGAAGGGAGGAGGAAUGAGAAGCCAAAAGACAGAAGUCUCUCUCGAUGUUUGUGCGGUUUGAACAUUGACUUCAGGAACCUCCUGAAACAGCACUUUUUUCUUUUUUUUUAACCGGAGGAAAAGUGAAGGCUGCGGGUUGCCCACAUGGUGGUCGAAAUGCGUUUCUCUGCAGAAACAUCCCCUUAACAAAUUUGCGGCAACAACUAGGUGAGGGGCAGCCGGGCUCUGGAUUCAUACCCUUCUCGGUCCCCUCCGCUGCCUCUUCCUGCCUCUGGCCGGGCAAUCCCUCAGUUCUUGCUCUAUAACCCCCGGCGGUGCGGUGACCAAGUACUUAGGGGCUCUUGUCCGCUUGGUGCGGGGGGACCCCACCGACACCGUCUAACUUGUGCAGAGCUGUCAAAUGCCAUCAGAGUAAGUCGAUCGGGGUUCCUCUCCCACUCAUCCUCCGCCACCACCGGCUUCUUCUAUUCCUGCUCCUCGUCCUCUUUUUACCAACGCCCCUCCCCCACCCCUUCUCCACUGCUCCCCCCCAAAACCUCGGAAGACCUCUAUUCAUGUGGCCCUGAGCACUGAGCCCACAUUGUCAAGAACAGACUCGCCUGCACUAGCCAGCGGCCGCCUCCUUCCACCCCACCAUCCCAGAGGCAGCAAUCAUUGUGUCCACGAAGAUGGGGGACACAGCGCCCCCGCAGGCCCCCACAGGAGGGCUAGGGGCGGCCCCCGGGGCGGGCCUCCUGGGAGGGGGCUCCGUCACCCCAAGAGUGCACAGUGCCAUCGUGGAGCGCCUGCGGGCUCGCAUCGCCGUCUGCCGCCAGCACCACCUGAGCUGUGAAGGCCGCUAUGAACGAGGCCGAGCUGAGAGCUCAGACCGGGAGCGGGAGAGCACCUUGCAGCUCCUGAGCCUCGUCCAGCAUGGCCAGGGCGCCAGGAAGACGGGCAAGCACGCCAAGGCCACCGCAGCGGCUGCCACCCCUGCAGCCCCGCCGCCGCCCCCCGCCGCCCCUCCUGCAGCCGCCCAAGCACCAGGGGCCCCACCGCCCCCGCCGGACUAUCACCAUCACCACCAGCAGCACCUGCUCGGCAGCGGCAAUAAUGGUGGCGGCGGUGGGAUCGAGGGUGAGCAGCAACCCCCAGCGUCCACCCCCGGGGACCAGCGGAACUCGGCCCUGAUUGCGCUCCAGGGUUCCUUGAAAAGAAAACAGAUAGUCAACCUGUCUCCUGCCAACAGCAAGAGGCCCAACGGCUUUGUCGACAACUCGUUCCUUGAUAUCAAAAGAAUCCGCGUCGGGGAGAACCUCUCUGCAGGACAAGGGGGCCUCCAAGUAAAUAAUGGACAAAGUCAGAUUAUGUCAGGGACCUUGCCCAUGAGCCAAGCACCCCUGAGGAAGACUAACAAUCUGCCUCCCCACACACAUUCUCCUGGCAAUGGCAUGUUUAACAUGGGCUUGAAAGAAGUGAAGAAGGAGCCAGGAGAGACUCUGUCUUGCAGUAAGCACAUGGAUGGCCAGAUGACCCAGGAGAAUAUUUUUUCUAAUAGGUACGGAGAUGACUCCGGAGAGCAAUUGAUGGAUCCUGAACUGCAGGAACUGUUCAAUGAACUGACCAACAUAUCUGUUCCUCCUAUGAGUGACCUUGAGCUGGAAAACAUGAUCAACGCCACCAUAAAGCAGGAUGAUCCAUUUAACAUUGACUUGGGUCAGCAAAGCCAGAGGAGCACUCCCAGGCCCUCCAUCCCUAUGGAGAAGACAGUGAUCAAAAGUGAAUACUCACCUGGUCUGACCCAGGGGCCAUCGGGCUCUCCUCAGUUGAGGCCCCCAUCAGCCGGCCCUGCUUUCUCCAUGGCCAACACUGCCCUGUCCACUUCCUCCCCAAUCCCUUCGGUCCCUCAGAGCCAGGCUCAGCCUCCGACAGCCUCAGGAGCAAGCCGGGCCUUGCCAAGCUGGCAGGAAGUGUCCCAUGCCCAACAGCUCAAACAGAUAGCUGCCAACCGUCAGCAGCAUGCCCGGAUGCAGCAGCACCAGCAGCAGCAGCACCAGCCUACCAACUGGUCAGCCUUGCCCUCUUCCGCUGGGCCAUCUCCAGGUCCAUUUGGGCAGGAGAAAAUCCCUAGCCCUUCUUUUGGUCAGCAGCCAUUCAGCCCACAGAGCUCCCCCAUGCCUGGGGUAGCCGGCAGCAGCAGCCAGUCAAAAGUCAUGGCUAACUACAUGUACAAGGCCAGCCCCUCGGCCCAGGGAGGGCACCUGGAUGUGCUUAUGCAGCAAAAGCCUCAGGAUCUCAGUCGAAGUUUUAUGAACAGCUCGCACGUGGCCAUGGAGCCCCGUCUUGGCAACACCAAGCCUUUGUUCCAUUUUAACUCAGAUCAAGCAAACCAACAGAUGCCUUCUGUUUUGCCUUCUCAGAACAAACCUACUCUCCUACACUACACCCAACAGCAGCAGCAGCAGCAGCAGCAGCAGCAGCAACAGCAGAGCUCGAUGUCAGCUCAGCAGCAACAGCAGCAGCAGCAGCAGCAACGACAACAGCAACAGCAGCAACAGCAGCAGCAGCAGCAGCAGCAGCAGCAGCAGCAACAGGCACAGCAGCCACCCUCUCAGCCCACCCAACCUCUGUCAAACCAGCCCUUGCUAAGGUCACCCUUGCCACUUCAGCAAAAGAUCCUGCUCCAGAAAAUGCAGAAUCCGCCCGUCGCAGGACUGGGAUACCAAGUCUCCCAGCAACACAGACAGGAUCAACACUCUGUGGUAGGCCAGAGCACAGGCCCCAGUCCAAGUCCCAACCCCUGCUCAAAUCCAAACACUGGAAGCGGUUACAUGAACUCCCAGCAAUCACUGUUGAAUCAGCAAUUGAUGGGAAAGAAACAGACUCUACAGAGGCAGAUCCUGGAGCAGAAACAGCAGCUUCUCCUGCAGCAGCAGAUGCUGGUGGAUGCGGAGAAAAUUUCUUCACAAGAUCAGAUAAACAGACAUUUGACAAGGCCACCCCCAGAUUACAAAGACCAAAGAAGAAAUAUGGGGAACAUGCAACCAACUGCUCAAUAUUCUGGUGGCUCAUCAACAGUGAGUUUAAACUCUAACCAGACUUUGACAAACCCAGUUUCAACACACACCAUUUUAACUCCAAAUUCCAGCCUCAUGUCUACUUCCCAUGGAACAAGAAUGCCAUCGUUAUCCACAGCGGUUCAGAACAUGGGGAUGUACGGGAAUCUGCCUUGCAAUCAACCUGGCACAUACAGUGUCACGUCAGGAAUGAAUCAAUUGACCCAGCAGAGAAACCCAAACCAAUUGAUAGCAAAUCAAAACAACCCUCUCAUGCCACGGCCACCUACCUUAGGGCCAACUAGUAAUAAUAAUGUGGCCACUUUUGCAACGGGACCUGUUGGCAAUUCACAACAACUGAGACCAAACUUGACCCAUACUAUGGGAAGCAUGCCAGCCCAGAGAACACCGAACGUAAUGAUCACAUCCAACACAACAGCACCAAACUGGGCCUCCCAAGAAGCGACAACCAAACAGCAGGAAGCCCUGAAGUCCGCAGGAGCCCGCUUCCCCACAGGUACACCUGCAGCCUAUACUCCAAACCAGACCUUGCAACAGGCGGUAGGUAGCCAACAAUUUUCCCAGAGGGCAGUGGCUCCUCCUAAUCAGAUAACACCAACGGUGCAAAUGAGACCUAUGAACCAAAUGGGCCAGACAUUGAAUGGACAAACCAUGGGCCCACUCAGAAGUCUGAAUCUCAGACCCAAUCAGCUGGGCACACAGGUUUUGCCUAAUUUGAAUCAGUCAGGAACAGGGUUGAGUCAGCCAAGGACAGGCAUAAGCCAGCCACCGUCUCUGACACCUGGCAACUUUCCCUCACCCAACCAAAGUUCCAGGGCUUUUCAAGGAACUGACCAUGGCAGUGACUUAGCUUUUGACUUUCUCAGCCAACAGACUGAUAACAUGGGCCCUGCCCUCAACAGUGAUGCUGAUUUCAUUGACUCUUUGCUGAAGACAGAGCCUGGUAAUGAUGACUGGAUGAAAGACAUAAAUCUUGAUGAAAUCUUGGGGAACAACUCCUAAAGGAGAAAAGGGAGACAAUUCACCAACUCCAAGCACUAAAAGGCAGUAUUUUACAAGGACCCUGGAAAGGCCAACUGUUGACUCUUCGUUGGGCUACAUCAAGAUACCGUGGCUUAGAAAUGGAAAGCAGAAAGCAGUGAACAUUUUGGUCCAAAUGCUUGUUUUAAAUCUCAAACCUGAAAGUAAAACGUUGGGAUCACUUCUCCCUGUCUAAACUCCAGGACAUAGUAUCCAAUUGAUCCAAACAGAACUGUGAUGUUGAUGUGUAAUUAGCGGUGUAACAUAGGUUGCCCAAGCUCCUUUUCUCCCUGAAAGAAAAGUAAUACAACUUUUAGCUCGUUUAAACCCCAUGUCAUGCGGAGGUAUUAGUUCCAAGCAACAAGCAACAAAUUCCUUAAUUUGCUCUAAUAGAUACAAGUGUGGUUUGAUCUUUCCACUUUACCUUUUCAUUUAGUUUUUCUAAAAUUUCCUAGAUUGAAAUGUUAUAGGUUUUUUGCAGUAGCCAAGCACUGUCCUGAGUAAAGAAAAGCUGGAGGACCUAGAGAACAUUCAGGGAAUUGUGAAAUAUCUUCCCCACAUAUCCUGUACUUCAGUAAGAUGCUGUGGCUAGUGAGGAAACAUUGAAGCCUGAAUGUAGAGCUGUCCAACUCUAUUUGGGCUUCCACAGCCAAUUUCUGAAUCCGUGUCCAAGUCUUAGAUACAAUCACCUGUCCGAAUCAUACUGAAAUAUUAGUGCACAUGUCUACAUCAGUUUUCACUAUUUUAAAAAGAAAGCACCCAUUGGGCAUUGCUGUAAAGGAGAUUUAUUUGGCCACAGAUAACAUGGGAUGUUACUUAUUAUAAUGGUCCCUGCUGGUUAGUUCCCAAGCUGAGUGAAAUUGAGUCUGAUCCUCCCUGAUUACUUUGAUGACCAGAGACUGAUUUGUAAGGAAAGGAAGUUUUGGGAUCAAAACUGAGAUUACUAGGUAUCAUGUUUUGGUUGAAGAUAAGAAGCAAAAGAUCAGACCAGGGAUGGUGAGUAUGGGUCGGUACAAGUCUAUUUCAUAGGGUUUUGAAGGGAAGCAUAAUUGAGAGAGAAAAUAAGCAAACCUUAUUUGGAUGUAUUGUGUAGGUAAACAGCUAAAUGGAGUGUGAUCUCCUAGUAGCAGUCUACUCAUUCCUCUGUCCCUGAAGGGAAGAAUCAUUGCCCCCAGCUAGAUGGACUGGUUUGCUCCCUCAGGGCUCGGCACUGUCUCAAAGAAAGAGUUUCUGUUGAGUCACAUAACCUCAGUGCCCACAUGCAGAUCAGCUGUAAAAUGGGGAAGAUGUGUGCUGAUUUGAGAGGGCUGCAAAAUACCGCUGUCAUUUUCCUCAUUACAGAGGAACACAGGUUAGCUUCCGCUUUUUUAGUUAUAUACUCACAUACUCAAUUAUCAAAUGUAAUUUAUCUGAAGUCAUUUAACAACUAAAUCUUUACAUAGAUUCUUUCUUAAAAAGAAUACAUUUUGAAAGUUCUGCAAAACCCUCUCCCAUUCUUUCAAAUGUCUAGAAGCACCCUCUUUUACACACAGCAACAUCACUGGCCCAGAGUCUUUUCUGUGCCAGGCUGUAAAUAUAAAUGAAUUACUUGUUUUGUAAACUUUUGUAAAGAAUAUUUUGGUAGAAAUACUUAAAACAUAUUCUUUGGGUUAUAUUUAUACGUAUGUGAAAUAAAUAUACUAUCAAAAGGUUAUAUUUUAUACAAAAAGUAAAUUGUUACCUUUUGUAUGCUAAUAUACAAAGUUUUGUAUAAUAUGAUGGUUUAUUUUUAGCUCCACACUUAAUCCAUAGGCGGUGAAGUGGGAACUUUUAAAAACUAUCAGGAGGCUUAUUAGACAAAGUUAUAUUCUGAAACCUCAAUAAGAAAAAAGCAUUCCAGGUUUCAAUCCUUUCCUUUUUUUUUUUUUUCCUUUUUUGCUCCAAAAUUCCCUUAGUUCUUGUGUCUUGUUUGAUUAUUCUGCUGUGCACAUUGUAUUGGUCCUUGUUGCAUGUGGUCUACUGUGUGUUUUCCCAUUUUGUAGAACAGAGUUUCUCCAUGCAAAAAUGUAAGGAAAAGUUAUGUACAUAGAAACACUUUUAUUUUAUGGCUCCUCCAUGUUACUGUAUAUAUCCGCCAGCACUUCCCCAUCACACUCCCGUGACUCAGCUUAUUUUUACCCUAACAUAAAUAGUAUGUUUUGUAGUAGCUAUCAAAUUUAAGAGAUAAAGCAAUCAGAAUGUUUGGAUUUUCUUCUAUCGUAAUGUGAAUUUUAUAAUUAAUGUCUAUUUAUUCAGCUAUUCAUUAAAAUACAGGAUUCUUUGGAAAAAAA